AUGACAUGGAAAGUCGACUUUGCUUCUGAGUUUGAAAAACUUGCCAAUUCUAUGGCUACUAUUGGUGGUGGCUUAGCAAAAAUCUUUGGUGGAUUUGGUGUGAAGAUUGUUGAUAAGGCAGAGAAGGAAAGGAGAGCUGCAGAAGAGAAUGAAGCUACUGAACACAAAAGGAAUGAUGAGCAGAAGGCUUUAGAGGAAGAGAAAGCCCUUAGCCCUGAGGAUGCUGUGAUCUGGAAGAAGGAGGAGGAGAAGAAGAAAAAGGAAGAGGAGGAAGAGAAGGAGAAGAGGGUGGCAUUUCUUUUAGCCAUACCUGGAUGCCUGGUCAAUACUUCGACAAUUCUUCAUGGAAUCAAGGAAAUUGCUUCUGGUGGCAGAGAUUCAGUUUUCGUGGUGAGUACCAUGAUGCGAGGCAUCCCAUCUGUAAUGGCAUGGAAAAGAGGCAAUGCCACGGGAUCUAGAAGAGAAGGCCAUGAAACUAUGAUCUCUGCUGCAAGUCUUGGUACCGGAACACUAGGCCUACGGAUAGCAAUUGAUAGACAGAUCCUGACAAGAGCCUAUGAUGGCAGCAGUUAUAGAUGA